CUCCUACUUGCACUAUAGAGUAAAAAUUUUAACUACUAAAUUCUAUUGGAUAAUCAUUUGAUCCAAGAUCCUAUCAGUUACAAUAUCCAUUUUGUAUUUAAAAGAAAAAAAGUACCUAAAAUUGGUGUUUAAAUUUGUCCAAAAAAAAAUUAUUUACAGACCUUGACUUCACAGGCAAAUUGACAUUUAAAUUUAUUGGAAAAAAAAAUUAUUUACUACUGCUGUAUUUAUACACACCUUGAUCCAAAUAGAGAUUUAAAUUGGCUAUUCCAAAAUUUCCACACUUACUGAGCAAGCUGCGGACAUGUCGGGCGUUCACCAGGAAGUCAAUACGACGCCGCUUUGUUUGCGUAGGAAGGUCGCCCAUCUCAUUAAACAAAACGGCGAAAACAAAAAGCGUUAAACUGUUGACGGCGCCAUGAAAAAAAUGGCAGCUUUGGCGUCGGCAGACUGGCAAUGGGAAAAUGCCACCGCCGGCGCCGCCGCAGGCCUCGCCACUGUCACUUUCUCUCAUUCUCUUGACGUUGUUCGUACCAGGUUCCAAGUUUAUGAUGGAAGAAUCUCCAAUGUCCCCGCUUAUAGGAAUACUCCUCACGCUUUAUUUGCCAUUGCUCGAAGUGAGGGUUUUAGAGGGAUUUAUGCUGGCUUUUACCCUGCUGUUCUUGGGUCAACUAUUUCAUGGGGUUUAUAUUUUUUCUUCUAUAGCAAGGCUAAGCAAAGGUAUUUAAGAAACAGGGAGGAGCUGAGUCCAGGCCUACACCUUGCUUCAGCUGCAGAAGCAGGAGCGCUGGUCAGUUUUUGCACCAACCCUAUUUGGCUUGUGAAAACAAGAUUGCAACUACAGACUCCUAAUCAGAUUCGUCCAUACAACGGUUUUCAUGAUGCUUUAAGAACCAUAAUCAAAGAAGAAGGAUGGAAGGCACUUUACAAGGGGCUUAUGCCAGGCCUAUUUCUGCAGGUUACACAUGGUGCUAUUCAGUUCACGGCAUAUGAGGAAUUUCGUAAAAUCCUUGUUAGCUUGAAAGCUCAAGAAAAUGAAAACCCUCUUGCCACAGCUGCUGACUUGUUGGAUUCAGUUGACUAUGCAACACUAGGAGCUUCUUCUAAGCUAGCAGCUAUUCUUACAACAUACCCAUUUCAGGUCGUCCGAUCUCGAUUGCAGCAACGACCAAGUACAACUGGAGUUCCGAGGUACAUGGAUAGCUGGCAUGUUGUGAAGGAAACUGCAAGGUUUGAGGGCUUACGAGGCUUCUACAGAGGUAUCACGCCAAACAUGCUGAAAAAUAUCCCUGCAGCUUCAAUUUCCUUCAUUGUCUAUGAAAACGUCCUAAACCUGCUAAAAUUGUCUCGGAGAGAGUAUUAGUUCUUUUACAUCCUUUUGCCUCCCAUUCAUGCUGUAGCACUAGGAUUGUACACUAGUGAAACAAUAUCUGGAAAAAGAACACUCACAUGUUAGACGGGACUACAAAUAGAAGAAUCACGAUGCCACUUGAGAGUAUGUAGAAAGUGGACAAUUUAAUGGCUAGUGUACUUGUACAAUAUCUAUAGUCUUUGUAAUUUAUCAGAAAAGAAAUUAUCUUUUGAGUCUUUGUUCAAGUACUCACGAAGCCGCUGCUGUAGCAACAAUAUCGGAUGGAUACUAUGCUUUAACAUCUAAUAAUAAUGUCUCGGAACCAUAUUAGU